AAGAAUAUAGGAAAACGCCUAACCUUUAGGACGUCAGUUCGACUUGAUUCAGGCUUUGAAACCGGGUUAGUUCUCAUUCAGCUAGUUUCUAUUUUGCAGUUUUCUAGUUUCUUACGCGUAUUCGUCACGUUUACUUGAUAACUUAUAAUAUUUAUUCCAACAGAGCACAUCGUACUUUGAAUGAUACUCGUACUUAUAUAUCCAAAUGCAUUGUUUACAAUAUUUACUGUUUUUAUUAUGAAAUCAAAUGACGCCUUCAAGUUUAUUAUUAAGACAUUCCUUCUUCUGGAUUUUGACGAAGGAUAAAUAUAUUAGAAAUUAUAAACCAGUGAAAGAAAGUUAUUUAAUAUCUAGGAAAUAAAGUAAAUGGACAAUACUAGUUUCAUGUGUUCCAGUGCGUGGUGCAUCGAUCCGUUAUUUCCUUUUCGCGCCUUUCGCAUCUCUCUCUUUUUACCCUUAUAAAUCUCACGUAAAAUAUAUCCGGGAACAUCACGUGGCCUCAUUAUUUUUCUCAAUUUGAAGGAGCAGUGGGCAACGGAAACAAUCGAGAAGAAAAGUUUUUUUUAAAAGCACACACUGACAACGUUGGCGAAGAACUUGGAUCUAGGGAUAACAUCAUGGACUCACAACAACAAUUUUGCCUCAAAUGGAACAGUUUCGGCAAUAAUUUAGCUACAGCAUUUUCAAAUCUUUUCAAAAGUGAAAGUCUUACAGAUGUGACCCUUUUUUGUGAAGGAAUUACAUUUAAGGCACACAAGUUAAUCUUAGCUGCAUGUAGCAAACACUUUCAAGAACUGUUCGAAAGUAUGCCACCUUCUCCAGCAGGAUUGAUUGUUAUACUAGAUGGCACGAGUGCUCAAAAUAUGUCAUCUCUUCUGGAAUUUAUGUAUCGAGGAGAAGUCCACGUUUCCCAAGAGUCUCUAAGUUCGUUUUUGAAAGCUGCUGAAUGUUUACAAGUAAAAGGCCUCUCCAUUGAGCAUGAGAAACUAGCUGUAGCCCAAAGGCAUGUCGCAGACAAUAAUAAUUCGUCAGUGACACACAGUGAUGGUAAAAUGACACAAGGUGGUGAAAUGCCUGAAUCAGGACUUUCCCGGAGGAUUAAAAGAACACUUACACCUACACCAUCACCCACUUUAAAUAGUUAUUCUCUGUCUAACUCUUACUCUUCAGCCAAUUAUUACGAGAGUUCUCAGAAAAGGUUAACAAGGUCUCCUAAUGAAAUUGAUAGUUUGAGUAGAGCAAGUGUUUUGAGAGAUGGAGCUGCGUUCCGUCCGGCAUCUGCACCGCACACUCUUUUGCUAGAGAAUCAGCAAUAUCAUUCAUUUUCACAUUCUUCAGAAACUCUUGUACACCCACACACUGCGCCUCAUACUCCAACAGAAUCAGAAAGAGAAUUAGAAAGAAAUCGAUCUGAGAAGCAAGGAAAUGAGGAACACAGAGAAAAUGUUGCAGAAGACCUUCGAGUUAAGCAAGAGCCAGUAUCAAUUAUUGACAGAGAGAAAGAUGAUAAAAUAAUCGACAGACUAACUAAUGAUGUGUAUUCAGGAAGAGGAUUUGACAUUGGAAGUUACAGUACUACUACGGAUCACUUACAACAUGGAGUUCAACUUGGUCCUAGUAUGGCUAGUUUACCUCCUGUUCAUCCACCAACUCCUGACCUCAGUCCUGUACCACCAACACCUGCAAUGUGGAAUUCAAAAAUAAAUAAAGUUGGCACAGUUUCUACACCCGAUGGCAAGAAACUAAAAUGCCCCUUCUGUGAGAGACUUUACGGCUAUGAAACGAAUUUACGAGCUCACAUAAGGCAACGUCAUCAGGGUAUUAGGGUUCCAUGUCCUUUUUGCACUAGGACUUUUACCAGGAACAAUACAGUACGACGACACAUCGCACGAGAGCAUAAAACAGAGUUGAGUUUAAAGUCGUUCCAACAGGCAAAUCAUUCAGUAUCUGAUACAGUAUCUCAAUAGUACUCAUUCAAGAAAAGAAUACUGAAAACAUAAUUAUUCAAAUGAAAAUUGAAAACCAUGAUGAAAAACGAUUACUAUAGGGACCUGCGAGUGUCGAAUUAGUCACCUUCUCUAUAUUCUUUUAUGGCAUCCAAAACUGUUCUCACUUUCGUUAAUAUCACAACUUUUUAUGAGAAGUUCAAACCAAAAUAGACAUUUAAAAUGUCACUCUGAGCUCAUAAAUAAAACUAUUUUACGGCAAAAAUGCUACGUAACAAUGAGAAAGCAUCAAACACAAAACUAGUCAAUGAAAGUGCAACAGUCAAGUAUAAUUAUAACUGGGUGUACUACACAAAUAAAAAAUAAAACUUGAAUACACAGAGCAUAAAUGAGAAAAUAUGCAUAUAUUGUAGUCAUAAACAAUGAAUGAAAGAGAAAAAGUAUGCGUGAUGCCAGAUUUACAAGUUAACAGACAAAACUGCAAAUUAUCUCAGGUUAUAUUAUAGAUAUUAUAAAGCAAAUUUUGUAAUACUGGAACUGCAACUGAUGAAAGGCCGUGUUACCAUUGAUAUAAGUAAAUUUUUAUAAAAAUCAAAUUUCUAUAAACGGAUAACUGUUGUUUACCACUUAUAACAAAUCAUACCUAAUAGCACCAAUUAUUUUCUAAAAAAAGUCGGAAAAUCAUUUCAAAAAGAAAUCAAAAAAGAAUCUAAAUUUAAAAAUGAUAACCGAUUUUUUUUAACACUUGAGGUUUUAGAAAUAUUCUAUAAUUUCUAUAAAUACAAUUUUUCAAAAAGUAUUUAGAUACUCGUAAUCGUGAAUCAUUACAGAUUAUAACUUUUUAUGUUUCAAAUGUCAGUUUGAUUAAAUUGACGAGUUUUUAAACAAUAAAAUUUUGGUCAUGAGCACUAAAAAUAGGGUCUAUUGUAAUGGGUUAUCCGAUUUUAAAGUUUCAGUUUUAUGUCUCAAAUCAAUUAAAAUUUGUAAUAUAAACAAUUUGAAAUCUAAAAAUCUAAAUUUAAUAUCUAAAAUUUAUUAUAAAAUACUGUCAUUUAUGGAAACUACAAAGUAUCUUGGAAACCUUAAAUGUUACAUAAAAAUAUUUUUUGAAUUUACAUUCCAAAGUUGACAAAUUAAUCUAAUUCCAUAAAAAAUAAUGUUAUUUUAGAUAUUUUAAAAGAGGUAGCCAUCAAUUAGACAGUGAAAUAAUUUCAAGAAACUUUUUACAAUGAUUUUCCGACUAUUUCUCUCGUUUCAUAGAAUAAGCAUGAGAAAAUAAUCGGUGCUUUUAUGGAUAAAUACGAGCUAUUUAUAUAAUGGCGUUAAUCGCUAAAUUAAACAAUAUCAUCGAUAAAUACUCUAAAUAUUACUGUUCAAGUCAGAACCAAGAAUCAAGCUAGUACUUGAAAAAAAAAUAUAAUUUUUAGUUGUAACACGCACAGUGCCAAAAAAAUAACACGUCUUUAUAUCAAAGUGAUUUUAUACCAGUAGUGAUUUUUUUAAAACUGUUUCUAUUUCUAUGCGAUACUAAAUAUUAAGGAUGACCACACACCGACAAUUAUUAUAUUUAUACCAGGCUGUAAAAUGUUUAAAGAACGUGUAUACGUGUUAUGUUCAAAUAACUUCCAACCCCAUAUGCAUAUUAAUAUAUAUUUAUAUAUAUUGACUAUUUACCAAAGUAGUUAAAACAUAUUUUGAAAACUAAUCAGUCAUCAUUAAAUUGAAAUAUUUUCUGAAAAUAAAUUAGUACUGCAGAAAGGGGCCUUUUAAAUCCAUAAUUUAUGCAGUUACAGUUCUAAAAAACGCUGAACCACAACUGUACCAUAAUAGUUACUUUAUAAUAAGUAAAUAUUUCCGAUAUCCGAAAUGUUUAACAAAUAUAAAAUUGUAUUUAUAUGAACUUGUUAUAACAUUUAGUAUUCUACACGUUCUUUAAAAUGUUGUUGCCUAGAUGAGAUAUUACCAGGGUUGCGUUAAUAGUUUUGUCAUUUGAAUUUUUUACGCAUAUUAUGUUUUUCUAUUACGUAUCUAUCUCAAUGUAUUACUUGAUGUAAUUUAACUUAAAUUACAUAUAAUUUAUUACAAGUUUUGUAAGGUUUUACAAUAUUUUUUAAACUUUUUUUUAUAUGUGCAACAAUCUUAACGUAAUAUUCGUAAAAAAUCAUCAAGUUACAUGUGUAAUUGUGCAACCCUGGACAUUAUUAUGAGUCAAUCAAUAUCAUUUUGUUAUCUAUUUACAUUAUUUAGUACAAUGGACUUUUGUCCAUAGCAAUAGGUUCGCGAACAUUAUAAAGACGUCACAAAUCAGUAGUAGUUUAUGGUUAACAGAAUCGAUAUAAAACUGAUGGCCAUAAUUCUAUGACAAACAGUGAUCAAUCACUAUAAUGAAAUGCUGCUAGUCAAGACACCUCCGAUAUUUUAUUGUUGCAGUAUUUACAAGUUUUACAAAUUUUUCUCAUUUUUUUUGUUACAGACGUUUAAAGAAUUAUUACACAACGAUAUACCUAUAGUUAGUUUGUUAAAGGCAAUAGAGCCGAUACAGGAUUAUUUAGUAUUUAAAAAAAUGUUUUUGUUUUAUUAACUUAAAGUGUUUAAUUGAAAACCAGUAAACAUAUUUAUUUUUAAAUUUUCUACGGAGUCCUGGACAUGACUCUAAAAUGUAUGUUCAUUUGUUAGAUCUUUUCUUUGAUUUUCUUUAAAGUUUUUUUCGUGUAUUAUUUUUCUCUUCAACAAAUUUUUUUCAUUAUUAUUAUUGAUUCAGUAUCUAAUUUUAUAUCCUAAUU